AGGUUAUCUGUAAAUAUUAUACUUAAUUCUGAAGAACUCGUGAUAUAAUAGAAUAUAGGCAUUAAAAUGGUGAAAAAAAGGAUUGCAUUAGAAAAAAAAAAUGAAGGAAAACAAACUUACUGUAAAUUGUUAGCCAUUGCCAAGAACCGAUGGCAGAAUCCUGGUACUCAAGUGAAAUUUGACAAUCUAAUGUGAGCAAUAAACUUGCUAAAUUCCAUCAGUUUAAGGUGCCAUUUUGUACAACAGGACAGUGUGUGUUUGAGUAGGAACUCUCCCAGUUGCCUUGUAGCAUUAAAACAAACAAGUACUAAAGGGCUGUUAGGGAGCACGAGUCUAACGUUGUUUAAGAGGACUCAAUGGAUAAUCCUCCUAAAUCGCAUUGGACCCAUUCUCCCAAAUGAACUCUAAACUGAUACAGGGUAUGCAAUUUAUUUGAAUUCAAAAACAGGUUAACCUUCGGGAUAAAUUUAUUCAACCCUGUCAACCGGGAUUUUAUGGCCUGUGCUUUUAUCAUUUGGCAGUAAUGUAAAGUAUUGGAAACAUAUAAAUAAGAGUGGCACCAGAGCUCAACACUUGGAGUUUAAAGCAAGUUAUCCCGCAAACUGAAGACCCUCCCUUGGGCGCCUCUACAAGCACUCCAUAUCUUCCCAAUCACGACAUCAUGGCCAAUAUAACAUCUCUUGUUGAGACAAUUUAAAAGGGAAUUUGCAUUGCAUUCGUUUUGCUCAAGGUACAAUUUCACUUCAUAAAAAACUCACAAAAACAUAAUCAAAUGUGUGUUUUCAUAAUCCGAAGAAAGCAUGGAAACAACAAAUCCUAGUUAUAAAAGCAUAUUCAAACUCAUAAUUAAAUAUACUGAUUAUAAUAAGUCCUGUAAAUCUCUAGAACAACAAACCUCAGAUCCAAUGGUCUCUUCGUUUGCAUAAAGCUUUUCUACGCCCAAAUGUUUAGUCCAAGAAAGGCUGUUGGCCCCCUCUAAGUUAAAAGAUGUUAAACUGACUUACGUGGAUUCCUCUUUCUACUGGAUCUGGUAAGAAAAUAUUGUUGUUCCUAAGUCUAAAUUUAGAUUUCCAAAGAAUUGAUUACAAACAAAGAUAGAGGUAGGUGUAACCGAUAAAGAAACUCCAGAAGCUAAUAAUGACAUUUCGUUUGCUUUGACCUUUUCUCAUUGGCUUUCAAUGUUAGCUAUUAAGGGACGGCAAACUCUUAAAAACAGAAAAAAAGAUAUAUUUUGGAUUCAUAAAGGACAAAUGCUUUGGUCCUGAAAUGGAUUAGCUCAUGGACGGACAAGAAGCCAACGAUGCUUAGAAAUUACCGAACUGUAGUAUUUAGCAUAUGAACAGAAAUCAGACUGUAGUAUUUAGAACUUGAAAGCUUUACAGAAAUGGAAACAGAGGUGCUUAGCAGAGACGGAUUUGGUGGUUCUUUACCUGUUGAGAAUGUCCAAGCUCUUGCAUCCAAGAAACUGAAAGACAUCCCAUCCAGGUACAUCAGGCCAGAGGUUGAGUUCGAUGUAGUUUCCAUCGAUGAGUCCCUUAAGAUUCCAGUGAUUGACAUGAUUACACUAGGCCAUGAUGAUGAACAGAGAAAACUCCAUUUGGCUUGCAAACAAUGGGGCUUCUUCCAGUUAAUCAAUCAUGGGGUACGAGAUGAAGUAAUAGAGAAACUGAAGAUUGACGUACAAGAGUUCUUUAAGUUGCCAUUGGAGAAGAAGAUGGCUUGUGCACAGCUACCAAAUAACAUUGAAGGCUAUGGCCAAGCCUUCGUAGUGUCAGAAAACCAGAAGCUUGAUUGGGGUGACAUGCUCUUCCUUUAUCCCUUGCCGAUGCCCCUAAGAAAUAUGAGAUUCUGGCCGACCACCCCAAAUUCAUUCAGAGAAACAUUGGAUAAGUACUCAAUGGAGUUACAAAAGGUUACAAUUCAUCUCUUGAUGCUGAUAGCAAAGAACCUGGGGACUGACCCUGAGUCGCUUGCAAGCUUUUUUGAGGAUGGAACACAGGGAAUAAGAAUGAACUAUUAUCCACCUUGUGCUGAAGCAAGCAGGGUUAUUGGUCUCGCAUCACACUCUGACGCUACUGCCUUAACACUCUUGAUUCAGGUGAAUGAUGUUGAAGGUUUACAAAUCAAGAAAAAUGGCGAAUGGGUGCCUGUUAAACCCAUCCCUGGCGCAUUUAUCAUCAAUAUUGGAGACGUGAUCGAGAUUAUGAGCAAUGGAGAAUAUAAAAGCAUAGAGCAUAGAGCUGUCAUUAAUCCAGACAAAGAGCGGCUGUCAAUUGCGGCAUUUCACAGUCCAAACGUAAGUACCAAGAUUGGUCCCUUGCCCGAUCUUGUCAAGACAAGCAAAGCAGGGUACAGGACUAUCCCACAUGAGGAGUUCGUGAGACUGACAAUAAGCAGCAGACUUGAUGGGAAAGGUCUGUUGGAUCAAAUGAAGCUCUAAUUCAUAAUCUUGCUUGACUUUAUACAACAGCUCUUUGUUAAUGAUAAAUGUUUCUAAUAAGCUGUUCUUGCAAUUUAGUUUUAUUCGAUAUAGACAAAUUACCCAUUAAAUAUGGGAAUUCAUCAAAUGCCCAAAAACAUUGACCUGAUAGAAAAUUAGUCGAACAGAUAGAAGGAAUUAAAGAAAAAAUAUACCUUGAAUAGCUUAGCACGCAAAAACAGGUUCUUUCAAUAGCUCCAACGAGCUAGCAUAAGAUCUGAGUUCAAUUCUAAACAAAAAUAAUGUUUUCAAAUACGCUGAAAAAGUGGGCAUCAGGUCUCCAAGGUGAUUUAGCAUCAAAGAAAUGCUACUUCAGACGCAAAUUACCCAUUAAAAAUGAGAUUCAUCAAAUGCCCAAUUCAGUAAAACAAGUUCAAAGCCUAGAUCUUAACUAACAAAAUCAAAAACGACAAAGGCGAUGACAGAAAUUUAUAAGAGUAAGGGAGGCAGAAAAAGCAAUCAGAACCUGUCGGAACUUCAAUGUAACAUCAAAUUGUUAGAUCAGUGGAUUGACAGACCAUUGAAUUUCUAUCGUCACAUCGCUUUUACUUAUUUCUCUCCCCUUUUUUGUUCAAAAGAAAUUCAAAAAUUUUAAAACAAAAAUCGGAAAAGGGUUCAUCACUACAAUUACUUUUCAGACACCAAAGGAAAAAAAAUUUUCUUUAUCGAGAAAGUUUUGGAGAGCCGGCGGUGAAUCGAAGCUGAAGAGUUGAUGAAGUUGAGCAGCAAAAUGAGUAUUUUUACAUGCAGAGACAAACCCUAGUAGUCUCAUAAAAAGGCCCGGCAAAAGAAAAAAAACCGAAAACCAAUUCGUUUUUCGAAAUUGUAUUUUUUUGA